CGUUUCAUUCACUAUGUUGGUCCGUUCCUCUCAUUUCCAUUAGAGCUAGUACUAGUAUAUAGGAGCACCCUCGUCCAGUCCGGCGACCGCCCCACCGGCGCGCGCGCAUACUCACGCGGGCAGCACACACCGCGCUCCCGGCCGCGAGAUCGACCGAAUCGACCAACAAGUGCGCGCGCAUGGAAAACUUGAAACCCAACGCAUUUGUCGAGGCCCUCAAAGUCGUCGGCAAGGCGUUCGUCGUCUGGAGCAGUAACUGGAGACGCCUGCUCCCCGUCAUCGUCGGGGUGUUUCUGCUCGACCUGGCUCUGACGGUCGUGUGGGUGAAUCUAGCAAGCCUGCACCUCAAUCUUGAUUCCAUGGGGCUCUUCUUCGAAAUGGCCGACAACUCGACCACCAUGGCCGCGGGAGCCGUGGUUGUGACUCAUGUGGACGAGGGGACGGAGGUCUCGUCCUCGCGCCAACUCAUCGAAAUCGUAGGGGAAAUCUUCUUCGGGUUAUCAACAACCGUGGCCCUCCUUUCCUUCUCAUGUACAUGUAACUGCGAUCUUUCAGAUAACAGGACUACUACUUCAGAAGGACAACACCCUUCUUUAUCGUCAUGGAGGGAAUGGAAGAGUUUGGGCAUUCUGUUGUUCACGGGGCUGGGCAUGACCAUCUUCAUAUCGGUACUUUUGGAAGUUCUUGAGCUGGACGACGACCUGUCCCUCUAUCUCACCAAUUUCUUCGAUUUCGUAUACAUGCUUGCCGCUGUUGUUGCUUCAAAAGAGGGCCUCUCCGGGUUCUCUGCAGCCGAGAAGGCAUGGUUAAUCAUUAGCGAAAAGUUCUAUGAGAUAACUGUGGCAGGCGCGAUGUGUUUUGUCGUCCAGGGAUGUCUAGAAGAGGUCUACACGAGUGCAAGAUUUUUACCUGUAAAGAACGAAGUGGUGUUGGCGCUCGUUUUACAUGCAUAUUUUUUUAUUCAUUUUGAUGACAAGUAUUUUCGGAUGGAGGGAGUAUAAUACAAGUUUCAUGAGCAAAUUCGCAUCGUUUAUAUACUCAACAGUCUGCUCCCAUUUGCAGGAUCGGCGGCCCCUCGGCAACGAUGUCAGGGGCGUGCCUGCGGCGACGCACACGCAGCCGCUCCUUGAAGCAGAGGCAGCAAGGGCGGGCUCUGCUUCUGGCGGGAGUGACUCCAGCUCGAGUGCUGGAGGCCCGUCUCGCAGCCCAAACACGAGGACGGCACGGCCCAGGAGAAAGACCAGGCCUAACCGGAAUACGAUCCGCGUGAGUGGCAGUUGUUGUGACGGUUGUGGCGCUUCCCCCGUUGUUGUGCUGAACCCUCUACUGCUGCAGUGUAUCGACUAGACGAAGAACAAAUGCUGUUCUGAAACUUGUUAUUUCGGCAACGCAUGACGCCUUCAGCAACACCACUUAAAAGUUGUUCAAAUUUCGAGAUCUUAUUGCAGAAAGGAGAGAUUGUGGGAAGUCAGGUCCAUCCCGUGAGAAGCGUGACAUCCCAGCAAGACGACAAACGUGAAAGGCUCUAAGUCAAAGUCACACCCACAGUACAUGGAAAGAAAAACAAACAAUGGACCCAUAUGGGCCCACGCACCUGCACGCUCCGUGUGAACACUUCCUGCGUGGCGUGAAAUCACGAUGAAGCGAUCGAACGGUGCAGCGCCCGGCGGAUGCGCAAGCUAUAAUCAGCCGGCUGAUUAAUAACGUUUCCCUUUUUUUAGGGAGUUUUGAUGAGACAAGAUUUUUUUUGUGUGCUAAUUUUGAUGAGAAAAGAUUUUUUCAGACAUUUUGACGACACGAGUGUGUCAGUGUUGGUGGUACAAGAGAUUGGACAGAGUGGGCUGGAGG